AUUUUAAUUUUGGGCUGAUUCAGAGUUGCUGAGGGCUUACUCCUGGAUAAGUACUCAGGAAUCACUCCUAACAGGGAUUGUGGGAAUUUUUGGAGUGCUGGAGAUCAAACCCAGGUUGCCAUGUUUAAGUAUUAGCAUUUGUGUACAUCUGCAUUUGAAAAUGGCAGAGGGAAACAAUGAAGAAGUGAUUCACUUGAACAAUUUUCAUCGCCACAGAAGGCAAGACUGGAUCAAUGUCAGAGAUAAACCCAUCACCAUAUCUGACUCCUCUGAUGAGGAAGGGGUUCCGAUGGUGAUCACCCCAACUGCUCACCAACAUGACGACGACGACGAUGACCUGGAUGACGAGGAUAUCUUGAUCGAAGAUGAUUCUGGAGAUGAAUACGAUACAUUUCUGGAUCUUGGGACUUCUGCAGUUUCUGAGUUAAUUAAGCCAAGUGGUCAAGCUGAAAGAGAACCUAAGCCUGGACCCAGUCAUAACCAAGCACCAAAUGUCAUCAUUCGUCCGAGAUCAGAGCAGAAAGUUAUUAUCUUGGAAGAAAGUAACCUUUUCCCAGAUAGCGACACUCUGGAAAUUCAGAAUCAGUCAUCAAGUACUGGAGAAUCAUCUGCUGUCAUCGAUGACCAGGCGAUCGAGGAAGACUACUGGUUAGAUCAUCCUUACUUACAGUCUCUAAAGCAACAGCCUAAGGAGAGAACAAACCAGGUUACUCCUCGAGAAAGGCAGCCAGAAGUAGAACUGGGUCCAUUGUUAUACCAGCAUGAACCUCCAAGACCCCAGCAGAAUCGAAUUCCUGCUCCCCCUUCCACUCAUCCAGCCCAUCCUCUCGAAGAACUUGAAGAUCAGCAAUUAGCAAUAGAUGAUGAAGCUCCUGGACCAGCCUAUCCGAUUCAGGGAUCUCAGGAAUCCAGUCUGGGAAACUACUGGGAUCAAGAAGCUACUUCAGAAGAUCAAGAACUUGUUGCACUAUUAGUGAAAGAAACAGAAGCAAGAUUUCCAGAUGUAGCAAAUGGGUAUAUAAAGGAAAUUAUUCAUUUGAAGGAUUAUUAUGAUUUAAAUGAACUUUGUAAUUUUCUUCUGGAAAAUCCAGAUUAUCCAAAGAGAGAAGAUAGACUCAUUAUCAACCCCAGUAGUAGCCUGCUUGCCAGCCAAGAUGAGACAAAGUUGCCUAAAAUAGACUUUUUUGACUACUCAACAUUGGUUCCUCUUGACCAGCGCUGCUUCAUCCAAGCUGCUGACCUCCUGAUGGCCGACUUCAAAAUGCUCAGCAGUCAGGACAUCAAGUGGGCCCUGCAUGAGCUCAAAGGACACUAUGCAAUCACCAGAAAGGCCUUUUCUGAUGCCAUUAAAAAGUGGCAGGAGCUUUCACAGGAGACCAGUGGAAAAAGGAAAAGAAGAAAAGAAAUGAAUCAAUAUUCUUACAUUGAUUUCAAGUUUGAACAAGGUGACAUAAAAAUACAGAAGAGGAUGUUCUUUCUGGAAAAAAAGCGUCGGCAUUAUAGGUCCUAUGAAAGACAUGCUCUCCUUCCAGCUGUGCAGCAGGAACAGGAGUUCUAUGAGCAGAAAGUCAAAGAGCUGGCAGAGCAUGAAGACUUUUUGCUUGCCCUCCAAAUGAAUGAAGAACAGUAUCAAAAGGAUGGCCAGCUGAUUGAGUGCCGCUGCUGCUACGGGGAAUUUCCGUUUGAGGAACUGACUCAGUGUACAGAUGCUCACUUAUUUUGCAAAGAGUGUCUCAUCAGAUAUGCCCAAGAGGCCGUCUUUGGAUCUGGAAAGUCAGAGCUUAGCUGCAUGGAAGGCAGCUGCACAUGUUCCUUCCCGACCAGCGAGCUGGAAAAGGUGCUGCCCCAGACCAUCCUGGGGAAAUACUACGAGCGGAAGGCUGAAGAAGAGGUUGCCGCAGCCUAUGCUGAUGAGCUUGUCAGGUGUCCUUCCUGUAGUUUUCCUGCUCUGUUGGACAGUGAUGUGAAGAGAUUCAGUUGUCCCAAUCCUCGCUGCCGAAAGGAAACCUGUAGGAAGUGUCAGGGACUCUGGAAAGAGCACAAUGGCCUCACCUGUGAAGAGCUGGCUGAAAAGGAUGACAUCAAGUACCGAACGUCUGUUGAAGAGAAGAUGACAGCUGCACGCAUUAGGAAGUGUCACAAGUGUGGAACUGGCCUCAUCAAGUCUGAAGGCUGCAACCGAAUGUCUUGCCGCUGUGGCGCCCAGAUAUGCUACCUCUGCCGAGUGUCUAUCAAUGGCUAUGAUCAUUUCUGCCAACAUCCUCGCUCACCUGGAGCACCGUGCCAGGAGUGUUCCAGAUGUUCACUGUGGACUGAUCCCACAGAGGAUGAUGAGAAGCUCAUUGAAGAAAUCCGGAAGGAGGCAGAAGAAGAGCAGAAAAGAAAGAAUGGAGAAAGCACCUUCAAACGCAUCGGACCACCCUUGGAGAAGCCUCCAGAGAAAGUCCAGCGGGUGGAGGCCCUGCCCCGACCUGUCCCACAGAAUCUACACCAGCCGCAGCUGCCCGCCUAUGCCUUUGUUCAUCCGCCCUUUCCUUUGGCCCCUGUCCGGCCCAUGUUCAACAACUUCCCCCUCAACAUGGGCCCCAUCCCUGCACCCUAUGUGCCCCCACUGCCCAAUGUGCGGGUUAACUAUGAUUUUGCUCCUGUUCACAUCCCCCUGGAGCACAAUCUGCCCAUGCACUUUGGUCCCCAGCCCCGGCAUCGGCAUCGCUUCUGAUGGCCAGGACUCCCCAGGAGACAAUACGCAGUACAGCCCCAGGCCCUGAG